AUGCAAAGGAGCAAACUGAAAGCAAUUGCUGAACAAGAAGCUGAAGAAGGUGAAGCCAUGUAUGGCAAAAAUAUUACUGCAGAAAUGAAAAAUGUCGUCGAUAAAUAUAUCGUAGAACCUAGCUAUGUCCCAAUAAAGAAAUUAAUCGUUGGACGAGUCUCAUAUGGAGGAAUGAAUCCAGAAGUGGAAAAGCUCAUGACACAUAAAAUAACAGGAAAGAAAAACAUGGAAAUAUCAAGGCAAAUGGAUAAGGACAUCAGUGAUUUGGAAAUGGCUGCACAUUUCAAAAGCAAUCUCGCCAACACUAUGGCCUAA